GCAGUGAGGGGGCACGGAGUGCACUGCGUCUUUAAGGUGCACCGUCUAUAUGUGUGCAUGCCUCUGGCCCCGCCCUCCUCCUCUUCCUCACUGGAAAGAGCAGCUCCCAGAGAAUGAUCUGCAGAGCUGCCAGGGUGGGCUGCCCGUCUGCCGCUUUGUGUGCUCUGGCCUGAUGCACUGCAGCCCUGCUCUCCCCGGGAAGUGAAGCCUCGGCACCUCCAUCACUGGCAGCAGAGACAGCAGCAAAUCAGUGCAUUUCCUCUGCAACCCCCCACCCCUCUCCUCCCUUCCCAUGCCUGGCUGAGGAGAGCCUGACAAAGACAGAGCUGAGGGGGGAGACCGAGUGCUGCUGCCUGAACCCCAAUAUAAGGCUGGAGAAUGGCUGACCGCAGCCUGGACAGUGUGUCCCUACCCCUGGAGGUGAGAGCCAGGCUGGCAGAACUGGAGCUGGAGCUGUCUGAAGAUUGCAGGAUCAGUGAAUCCAGAACUGUUUAACCUUCGGGAGAGGAAUAAAAGGCCCAGUCAAAUUCCAUCCAAAAUGGAAAAUCAAUCUUUUAAAGCAGGAUCAGAGAAAUCCCAUGAGCCAGGUCAUCCAUGUAUCUCGGGUCCCUCAGCAAUGAGAUGGCAUGGGAGGUCUUGGAAAACAGCAGCAUUAUGUGACAUCACACAGAAAGGGUAUGAAAAGAAAAGAUCGAAGUUAAUAGGAGCCUAUCUUCCUCAGCUACAAGGGGUGGACCAAGUACUACCACCAGAACGUAGAACUCCCGUUACCCCUUCCUCUUCCUCUAGAUAUCAUCGUCGGCGCUCCUCAGGCUCAAGAGAUGAACGCUAUCGAUCUGAUGUACAUACAGAAGCAGUCCAGGCAGCGCUUGCUAAGCAUAAAGAAAGGAAAAUGGCAGUACCCAUGCCAUCGAAACGUCGCUCCCUUGUGGUGCAAACAUCAAUGGAUGCAUACACACCCCCAGAUACCUCUUCAGGGUCAGAGGAUGAAGGUUCAGUACAAGGUGACUCCCAGGGAACUCCCACCUCAAGCCAAGGAAGUAUAAACAUGGAGCACUGGAUUAGCCAAGCAAUCCAUGGGUCAACCACAUCAACCACUUCUUCCUCUUCAACACAGAGCGGGGGCAGCAGUGCCGCUCACAGAUUAGCAGAUGUCAUGGCCCAGACGCACAUAGGGAAUAGGAGGACAGAUGGACAGUAUCACAUUGUGCAUUCCAUCAAGGAACACUUUCAAAAUGAGUCAUGUGACACAAGUGGUCGCGGCUUUUUCUUAACGUCAAAUGGACAGAAUCAGGCGAGUGCUAAAGGUGCUUCUUGCCACUGGCAAAGCACACCUAAAAAUGAAAACCAUUCAGCCCCUCCAGAUGUUACCACAUACACCUCAGAGCACUCCAUACAAGUGGAACGACCACAGGGAUCAACAUCGCGGGCCACCUCCAAGUAUGGCAAUGCUGAGCUUAUGGAAACAGGAGAUGGUGUCCCUGUAAGCAGUAGAGUGUCUGCAAAGAUCCAGCAACUGGUCAACACCUUAAAAAGACCCAAGCGGCCACCGUUACGGGAGUUCUUUGUUGACGACUUUGAGGAGUUAUUGGAAGUUCAACAGCCUGACCCAAACCAGCCAAAACCAGAAGGAGCGCAGAUGUUAGCCAUGCGAGGAGAGCAGUUGGGAGUAGUCACAAACUGGCCGCCUUCAUUAGAAGCAGCACUACAGCGAUGGGGAACCAUAUCACCUAAAGCGCCCUGCCUUACCACUAUGGAUACAAAUGGAAAACCACUCUACAUAUUGACAUAUGGAAAACUAUGGACUAGAAGUAUGAAGGUUGCCUACAAUAUAUUACAUAAACUGGGAACUAAACAGGAGCCGAUGGUCAGGCCUGGAGACAGGGUGGCCCUCGUUUUUCCAAAUAAUGACCCUGCUGCGUUUAUGGUAGCGUUUUAUGGCUGUCUAUUAGCUGAAGUUGUUCCAGUUCCCAUUGAAGUGCCACUUACAAGGAAGGAUGCAGGAAGCCAGCAGAUUGGAUUUUUGCUAGGAAGCUGUGGAGUUACUGUGGCCUUGACUAGUGAUGCCUGUCAUAAAGGACUGCCAAAGAGUCCAACGGGGGAGAUACCACAAUUCAAAGGUUGGCCAAAGCUGCUCUGGUUUGUCACAGAAUCAAAACAUCUAUCCAAACCUCCUCGCGAUUGGUUUCCACAUAUCAAGGAUGCAAAUAAUGACACUGCCUAUAUAGAAUAUAAAACGUGUAAAGAUGGCAGCGUGCUGGGGGUAACAGUGACUAGAAUAGCGCUCCUCACACAUUGCCAGGCGCUCACACAGGCCUGUGGAUACACGGAAGCGGAAACCAUUGUGAAUGUUUUGGAUUUCAAGAAAGAUGUGGGGCUCUGGCACGGAAUUUUGACGAGUGUCAUGAACAUGAUGCAUGUGAUCAGCAUCCCGUACUCCCUCAUGAAAGUCAAUCCCUUGUCGUGGAUACAGAAAGUUUGCCAGUACAAAGCAAAAGUGGCAUGUGUGAAGUCAAGGGACAUGCACUGGGCCCUGGUUGCACAUCGGGAUCAACGAGACAUCAACCUCUCCUCAUUACGCAUGUUGAUUGUGGCGGAUGGAGCAAAUCCUUGGUCCAUUUCUUCUUGUGACGCUUUCCUCAAUGUCUUCCAAAGUAAAGGCCUGCGGCAAGAAGUCAUUUGUCCUUGUGCCAGUUCACCAGAGGCUCUUACUGUAGCCAUAAGGAGGCCGACUGAUGACAGCAACCAGCCUCCGGGAAGAGGGGUAUUAUCAAUGCAAGGACUCACCCAUGGAGUCAUUAGGGUGGACUCGGAAGAAAAACUAUCUGUACUCACUGUGCAAGAUGUCGGGACAGUGAUGCCUGGUGCUAUUAUGUGUUCGGUGAAACCCGAUGGGAUCCCACAGCUAUGUCGGACAGAUGAGAUAGGAGAGCUGUGUGUGUGCGCGCUCGCUACAGGCACAUCUUAUUACGGUCUGUCCGGUAUGACCAAGAAUACCUUUGAGGUUUUCCCAAUGACAAGCUCAGGAGCACCAAUAAGUGAAUAUCCGUUCAUAAGGACUGGCCUUCUUGGAUUUAUUGGACCAGCUGGGCUGGUGUUUGUUGUGGGAAAAAUGGAUGGCCUGAUGGUUGUGAGUGGAAGGAGACACAACGCUGAUGACAUAGUAGCAACGGCACUCGCGGUGGAACCAAUGAAGUUUGUCUACAGAGGAAGGAUAGCCGUCUUUUCAGUGAACGUCCUGCAUGAUGAGAGGAUAGUUAUUGUGGCUGAGCAGCGGCCGGAUUCCACAGAGGAGGAUAGCUUCCAGUGGAUGAGCAGAGUUCUACAGGCAAUCGAUAGUAUACAUCAAGUUGGAGUGUACUGUCUAGCUCUAGUACCAGCAAACACACUCCCCAAAACCCCUUUAGGUGGUAUUCACCUGUCAGAGACCAAGCAACUGUUCCUCGAGGGGUCACUCCAUCCGUGCAAUGUGCUCAUGUGUCCUCACACGUGUGUCACGAACCUUCCGAAACCAAGACAGAAACAGCCAGAAAUCGGCCCUGCCUCUGUGAUGGUGGGGAACCUGGUCUCUGGUAAGAGGAUCGCACAAGCCAGCGGAAGGGAUCUGGGACAGCUAGAGGACAAUGAUCAGGCCAGAAAGUUCUUAUUCUUGUCUGAAGUUCUACAAUGGAGAGCGCAAACAACUCCUGAUCAUGUGCUUUAUACAUUAUUGAACUCAAGGGGAACUAUAGCGAACUCUCUGACAUGCAGCCAGCUACAUAAACGGGCGGAGAAGAUAGCAGUGAUGUUGAUGGAAAGGGGACACUUACAAGAUGGAGAUCAUGUGGCUCUUGUCUAUCCUCCAGGAAUAGAUCUGAUUGCAGCAUUUUAUGGCUGUCUGUAUGCCGGUUGUGUGCCAAUAACAGUGCGACCUCCACACCCUCAGAACAUUGCAACAACGCUGCCUACGGUGAAGAUGAUUGUUGAGGUGAGCCGUUCUGCCUGCUUAAUGACUACGCAACUCAUCUGUAAACUGUUACGGUCAAGGGAAGCAGCAGCAGCCGUGGAUAUUAGAACGUGGCCGCCGAUCCUGGAUACUGAUGAUUUGCCAAAGAAAAGACCAUCCCAAAUCUACAAACCCUCAGACCCGGAGACGUUGGCUUACCUUGAUUUUAGUGUAUCUACAACUGGAAUGCUUGCUGGGGUGAAGAUGUCCCAUGCAGCCACUAGUGCCUUCUGUCGAUCCAUUAAACUUCAGUGUGAGCUCUACCCUUCUAGAGAGGUGGCUAUUUGUCUGGAUCCUUACUGUGGACUGGGCUUUGUCCUUUGGUGCCUCUGUAGCGUAUAUUCAGGACACCAGUCUAUUCUGAUUCCCCCCUCAGAGCUGGAGAUCAAUCCUGCCUUGUGGCUUCUUGCUGUCAGUCAGUACAAAGUCAGAGACACAUUUUGUUCCUACUCUGUAAUGGAACUUUGUACCAAGGGACUUGGAUUACAGACUGAAUCCCUAAAGGCAAGGGGCUUGGACCUCUCUAGAGUACGGACUUGUGUGGUAGUGGCUGAGGAGCGCCCUCGAAUAUCUUUAACCCAAUCAUUCUCCAAAUUAUUUAAAGACCUGGGUCUGCAUCCGAGGGCCGUAAGCACAUCAUUUGGCUGCCGUGUUAAUCUAGCCAUAUGUUUACAGGGAACAUCUGGACCAGAUCCAACAACUGUGUAUGUGGAUAUGAGAGCAUUAAGACAUGACCGAGUUCGUUUGGUAGAAAGAGGGUCUCCGCACAGUUUGCCUCUCAUGGAAUCAGGAAAAAUCCUUCCAGGUGUUCGAAUAAUCAUCGCAAAUCCUGAAACAAAGGGACCGCUUGGAGACUCUCAUCUUGGCGAGAUUUGGGUUCAUAGCGCUCACAAUGCCAGUGGCUACUUCACAAUUUAUGGAGAUGAGUCCCUGCAGUCUGAUCACUUCAGUUCUAGGCUUAGCUUUGGAGACACGCAAACUGUAUGGGCAAGAACGGGUUACCUGGGUUUCUUGAGAAGAACGGAACUAACAGAUGCUAAUGGAGAAAGGCACGAUGCUCUUUAUGUGGUUGGGGCACUGGAUGAAGCAAUGGAGCUACGGGGGAUGAGAUAUCACCCAAUUGAUAUAGAAACAUCUGUGAUCAGAGCCCACAAGAGUGUUACAGAAUGUGCUGUGUUUACCUGGACAAAUUUGUUGGUCGUUGUUGUAGAACUUGAUGGCUCUGAACAGGAAGCCCUGGAUCUGGUACCACUAGUCACCAACGUGAUCUUGGAGGAACAUUAUCUUAUUGUAGGUGUGGUCGUAGUGGUGGACAUUGGUGUCAUUCCUAUCAACUCCCGUGGAGAGAAACAGCGUAUGCACCUGCGAGAUGGGUUUUUGGCAGAUCAGCUGGACCCCAUAUAUGUGGCCUACAACAUGUAGUCUUGUAAUUUUAAAGGCUUCCAUGGACUUCACAAUAGAUGUAUAAAUUUUUUGUGUCCACUAAAAAAAAAAAAAAAAAACAACAAAAAAAAAUUACAAACUUGCAAAUAGGGGAUUUAACCUUUGUUCAAAAUGGAUCAGUUUUUGUCAUUUUAACUUUCCAAUUUCUCAAAAUUGGGCAGACAGAAUGUGAAAUGUGCUUUUUGUUUUUACCACUACAUUUUAGCACCAAGAGACUUUUUUGUUAAGGUACUUUGCUGCCUCCAUUUGACAGGCUGAGAACUAUUCAGGUCUCCAUUGCACGAAGACCUGUGUGACCCUCAGCUUUUGUAUUAUUAUUUUAAAUGCCAGUUUUUAAAAGAGAAAAAUUUUAUUUUGCUUUUUUGUUUUGUUUUUGAUGCUAGACUGACCCCAUUGUUUUCAUUAUGUAGCUUUGUACUUUAUGAAGGAUUAUUUUUGAAUGGAAUGAAAUUGGCUGAAAACUUUUUAAAGUGACAGGAUUGUUGCAUUGUUCACAUCUGUGUGUCGGAGACAAUUGGAGAAGCUAGUCCUGUUAUUUACAAAAUGAAAAGUGGUACGAAAACACACAAAAAAACAACAACUCCAAUUUCAUAAUGAUACACCAUGCAUAAGAAGGAUCGAAAUCACAGUUUUAGCUUUUUUGAGUACUGGAUUGAAGCCAAAGUUUGUAAGCUGCUAAUCUGUCCAGUGUUUUAACCCCUUAAUAUAAGAGUUGAGGUUUUUAUUUUAUUUUGUAUUUCUCCGUCUGAUACAGCAAGGAAAGAUAACUGGUUGCAAACCAUUAAGUGGGCUUUAAUGUGUCCUCCUGCAACCAAAAAAAACCAGACUACUGUAGAAAGUCUUUAUUUAAUGUUUAUUAUUUUUUUGCCUUCUUGGGGCUUAAGAAUGAUGGAGGUUAUAUGUUGUAACCUAACAAUCUGAAUUCUUCAACCCCAAGAGGGUUUACAUAGCAAUUCCUAAGUAAGCACACAAAUUUAAAAAAUAAAUUGCUGUUCAUCUCAGAUUGAGAGUAAUAUACCUAGCGAUUGUUAAAAAUAAAAACAUAGUAUGCAUUAGGUGGACUUUGGCAAGUAUCUUUGUACUGAACUAAAAAGAUAAAAUAAGUUAACUCUCCAUAUGUAAUUAUGUAUAAAAUGUUUAAUUUAUUUUGAUCUCUUUAGAAGUAUAAAACAAAAAACAGCAUUCAAGAAAGUAAACUUCUUGUAAUGUUUGCUAAUAUAAAAAAAAAGCGUUGUAUUAUCUUGAGUGGAUAGUAUCACAUCAAAUAUAUAUAUAUGAAAUUAUAAAUUCACUAAUGGGUUAUGCGGGAAGGGAUAUAUUUUAAUGUUUACGAUGCAGUACGUGUCACUUGCAUGGUGUCUCCCACUGUAUAUAACUGGGUGUUAUUCACAAUCUUUGUUCAAAAAAACAAAAAAAAAACUGCAAUCGUGGAUUGCCUGUGUUCCCGUAUACAAGAUUACUCUAGAUACCAGCAAGUGGAUUUUUAAAUACCAUCCUUUAGAUGGUGUACAAAACGUAUGUCUGAUAUGCACUAUCAUUUUUCUUUUUCCUAGAGAAGCAACAGUAGAUACAAUUGUAUAAUGUGUGUGCCGAUUGGAGGAUGCAAUCGAUAGUAUGUGGGGGAAAAAAAUCAUGUUGAGGAAUGUUUUGGUUUUCAGAAAUGUCAUAGUUGUGUCAUCAUCAGCGUGCUGCCUCACAUCUUCCAUCGGCGUUCAAUGUUGUCUACAUUGGAAUAAUAACAUUAAGAAUCAAAUUUCUAUUUUACACAGUCCAACCCAGAUUUCGAAGUCCCAAAUUUGAAAUUAAAAGCCACCUAAGAAUGAAAAAGCAUCGAUCAUGUUUUGUUUUUUAUGUACAUGAUACAUGGAGGAUCGUUUUGUUUGUUUACAUCUAUGAAUAAGAUUUACGUCAUAGCUGCCUCAUUCUAAAUUCUGUGUAAAAUGUUUAGUUCUGUUCUCAGAAAUGACUUUUUGUAAUUGUGUUCAAUACAGAGAAUACAGAAAAUCUUCUCACAGGGUAACACAAAUAAAAAAGAACUUUGGAUCAA